CCCUAGUCGUCCCAGUGGAGAGAGACUGUCUGAAAAUGUAGUGAUGAGGCUGAUGGAACCAUUCCUAGACAAGGGCAGAAAUGUUACCACGGACAAUUUCUUCACAUCGCUGUCAUUUGCGCAUAAACAUCUUAGCCGGAAAACCACCAUCCUCGACACAGUCAACAAGAUUCGCUGGGAAAUCCCUCAAUCCGCUAGACACACAGAUCGCAAUGAAUUCACCACUCAGGUGUUUUCAACCACUGCUGCUAUGCUGACGGCGUAUGCGCCCAAACGGAAGAAGACCGUCUACAUUCUUAGCAGCAUGCACAGCGUGAUUCAGACUGAUAAUACCACCAAAAGGAAGCCAAACACUGUCACCCUUUACAACACCACAAAGUGCGGCGUGGAUGUGAUGGACCAGAUGGUGCGGGAGUACACUGUCCGCACAGGGACACGGCGCUGGCCAGUUGCCGUGUUCUAUAACAUGAUUGACAUGGCAGCACUGAAUGCACAUGUGUUGUAUCAAGCAUGCACCGGAAGGCAGGAAAGACGGGUGGACUUCCUGGUGGAGCUUGCAAGAGAAUUGGCUAACUCUCAUAUGUGUGCGAAGAAGGCAAGAAAAGAACAAUUGCUUCGGACACAACCCUCCACACCUAGCCCUGGAAAAAGAGCCAUGUGUCAGGUCAAACACCAAUACAAGAACAAUCAUGCCACUGUGCGAUGUGUUCACUGCUACAGAUACACAUGUGGUAAAUGCAGACGGGAGAUACCAUGGCAGUGCGAGGAUUGUGAGUGA